UCGGUGGAUGGUUUGGAUAUAUUCAGCCAUGGGGUUGGUUUUCCGAUACCAUUGCAGUCUUCCACAAGUGCCAGUCAUGAUUUAGGGGGUGGUUCUCUAGAGGGGAGACAGCAAGGACUUGUUCAGUCGCUUGACAAUGGUCCGAUAUCCCAAGGUUUGUUCACAAUACAUUCUCUACUGGUGCUCUAGCUCUAACGUCUUCAGAUUGCCAACAUCUGCCGACUCCUCUGCCUCAACCCAGCACAUCGACUCCUUCCUCCAAUUCAACCGGCUCAACGUCCUCCAAGCCAAAGCCCUCCCGUGUAGAGAAACGCGAAAGCAAUACCCUCGCUUUGAGAAGGUGAAGCAGGAGCGAGAUGAGUUGCGGAUCCGGGUCUCGAAGUUGGAGGGAGAGACGGAGGCUCUCAGGGGUCUUGUGUGGAAGUAGAUCGGCUGCAAGCUAGUAUAGGUUAAUGGAUCGU